AUGCUUUCGAAGGAGGAAGAUUAUAUUGACAACGAGUAUUACACUAUGAAUCGUCAAUUUUUUCGUCUAAUUGGAUUGUGGCAAGGUCAGACGUCGUUCAAGAACAUAAUUUAUGUUUAUUUCAUUAAUUUAAUACUAACAUUUGCAUCAAUCGGACAGAUACAACUUUUGUUCACGUCAGAAAGAAAUUUAAUGUCGAUCACCAAAUCACUGGAAAUGCUUUUGCCUACACUAUGUUUCAGCUGUUGCUAUUGCAAUCUAUUGUUGAAUGAUAGAGUUAUGAAGAAAAUUCUUUUCCGUAUCAAGUCCGAUUGGGAUGACCUAGCAGACAAACCAGAACUAAUGAUAGUGAAGAAAUAUGCUGAAAUUAGCAGAAUUUGUACAAUAAUAAUGACAGUCUGCUUUUAUAUUUAUAUCGUAUUUUUGAUAUUUCCAUCAUUGUUGAGUGUGUUUCGGUAUGUUUCUGGUGAUAUAAAUGAAACGGAAUUAAUAUUACCAAUUCGUGCUGACUAUUUCUUGAAGAACCUAAUGGUUUAUUAUAUCGGACUUAUAAUCCAAUACGUAAUUAUUAUAGUCACGUGCACGGUAGGAAUUGCUAACUAUUCCAUGUUUAUAGCAAUCGUACAACAUGCAUGUGCACUUUUCUCCAUUGUCCAAUGGAGGGUUAAACAUAAAUACGAAAAACUUGCACAUAAUUCUUAUUAUAUUAAUGUUGAAAGUGAAUUAACCGAGGAAAACGGAUGGAUAGUCCAUCUCAUAAAAUUCUAUAAACGGACGAUCGAAUUUUCUUUUUUGAUUUCUAUCAAGGUUUGUCGAUUUAUUAAAAUCUUUUUACGAAUCCGUUCAAAUAAUCGCAGCAUUAUUGUCGUUUUCAUUUAUCCUUGUAGAUUAUAUUUACCGUUAACCGAAUCGAAGGAAUUGAGAAGCUCUUGUAUAUUAUUUGUACCAUGUUUGUAUCGCUAUUACGUUAUAACUGGUCCAAUAAUUUCGUGUGGUUUCAAUUUCAUCUUGAAUAUAUAUUCCGGUCCAUCGUCUGCACCUACAAGGACCACAAAUUGUACAAUAUCUCGAAUUUUAACUUUUCAUUUGGCAUGCCAAUUCCCGUUUUAUUCGUUAUCAUUGAGAAACCAAAAAUUGUUACUCUUCUUAACAAUGUAUAGCAUGAGACUGUGCGGUAUAUCCCUGAUGGGCGCAGUAUUUAUAUCGCAUGAGCUGUUCGCAACGGUAAAAUAUUUUCUCAAUAAUUAUAUAGCUAAGACAUCAACUAAACAACGUAUACUAUUCGAAUAUAUUCUUACUAGAUCAUUGCUAAAUCUUUUUCUUUCGCUAUGGUAUUGUAUAAUCUGCAAUGAAUUUAAUAGCAACAAAUAUGAUAUAAUUGAUGAUCAUAAUGUAUUGCGAUCAUACGAAUACAGAAGAAAGAGAAAAUUUUUGACAUAUUUUUCGGAAUUUACUAAUUGUGUCCGUCAGAGUAUCCAGCUCAUCUGUCACGAAACGAAUCGAAUUUAUGACUGA